UCUUUUACGCUCUCUGUCUCUGAGAUCUAACGUCCUUCUCCGCCGGUGGGAAAAAACCAAAUCAACCCUCCGAUUCAGCCCGCGAAAAAACAGCCUCCUCCAUUCCAUGGGCCUUCUCGAUCAGCUAUGGGACGACACCGUCGCCGGUCCGACCCCGGACAACGGCCUCGGCAAGCUCCGGAAGCACAAAACGUUCAGCUUCCGGGCUAGCUCCGGCAAGGAUUCCGACGCCGGCAACGUGAAGUCGUACGGCGACGAGACAGCGACGAGAGUGACGAGAAGCAUCAUGAUAGUGAAGCCGCCGGGGUACCAGAGUGGUUCUCCGCCGGUAUCUCCCGCCGGAUCUACUCCGCCUGUGUCCCCAUUUUCCGGAAACAGAGGGUCAUUCAGAUUCCGGCGAAGGUCAGCAUCAGAUGCAUACGAGAAGGAGGCUGUCGUCGUUGGCAGCCCGGGGGCUGGACCGAGAAGCCCUUCUUCUCCUUACGACGUCUGAUAUAUGACAGCAACGAACAACGACGACAACAACAACAACGUUGAAUCAUGGGCGAAACCAACGAAGUGAUACCUUCUUGUACCUCCCGGCUUCUUCUUCUGCGGCUGUAACGUCUCGUCUGUCCAGUGUCCAUCUCAAGCUGUUGUAGAAAAGGAGACUAGGGGGUAUCUCAGAGUUUGCUGUGGUAUUUUUGUGAUCUGUGUGUGUGUUGUUUGCAAUGUGUACUAGAGGUAUUACUGCAUGUAGUUUCGUUGUCCUUUGUCCUCUGCAAUGAGGUAAAGUAACUGAGAGAGAGCGCUCCCUAGAUGCUCUGCUUUUGGGUCCUUUGGAACGGUGGGAAAUCUGCAACUCCCUUUUGUUUUGGCUAUCUGUAAAUAGAGCUUCCUGUUCUUGUUCUGUUCUAUGCAAGUCUUUUGCCCAACUAGGCUACCUUUCUAUGCAUAUGUUCCGCAUCCACAAAAUGGCAUUUUCAUUGUUAACAUUCUGGA